CCGUCUUCUCCUCCACCCCCCGUCGGCAAAUAUUGCAACGAUAUGCUGCUCGCCGGUGCUCAUCUUGCUUAGGGGCUUUCUUGGCAUUCUGCCUCCGGCAAGCUCUGACUACUAACCCCCCCCCCAGAUAACUUUAUUUUGUACCCUCCCAAGACCCAAGACCCAAGACCUGCGGUGCCCAGGAGAAACGAGGGAUGCCAAGACGACUCGCAAAAACCUACGGCACAUCCAUAAUAUCCCCCCCUACAAGGCCUAGGCGGGCCAAGGCGGCUUCUGUGGCCCAUUUUGGAGUCAGAGAGCUUGAUAGCGCCUCUUGGCAGGCAGCGUUUGAGACCUCUCAAGACUCUAGUAGAAUGGGAAAUGCCAAGACUCUCGUGCCUCUCUGUCUCUUUCUCGUUGUCGAAAUCUCUCGCCUCUGGCGCCUUUUUCGCCCAGACUUUGCCCAGGAGCUUGCCCAGCCCGCCCAGCUGCCCAGUGAAAGCGCCAGGCCUCAGCUCUUUUUUUUUCCCUCUUCCUUUUGUCUUGUCUCCCAUUCAUUCAUUUCCGCCCUCUGUUUUGCUCUCUGUUUCUCAUUCUCUCAUCUGCUUUUUUGAGUUUUUGUCUUCUCUUUUUCCUCCGUCGUAUCAGGAGGGCGGAAUGACAUGGUCAGGCGCUGUCGGAUCUCCUUGCUUGGCGAUUCCUGGGCUUCUCUCACCAAGCACUCUAUCGCCUAAAAGGUCGCUGAAUUCACGUUCGGAAACGUAUGGGAUUUUGGUAUCUUGGUCCCGUCCAUCCCAAUCCAUACAUAUACAUACGAAACAUUCACACACGGACACACCCCGGCCGGCCUGACUUUACUCUCCCUGGACGGUUCUUGAUAAACCCCCGGACACCCUCCACCCCCAUACUCGCCCUGGUACCUGAAUCUCCAUCAACGGCCUGCGACUAGUGUUGACUUUUGUGUGGGGAAUCGCCACUACCAUUUCUUGAAUAAUUAUCGCCGUAGACCCUCGAAACCGCCUCGAAAAAGGUCCAAGAGGAAAGAGGAAAAGGGAAGGGGGAAAAAAAGACAAUCAAACUAGCACGGGGAAUAGACGGAACGGAAGGCCAUACCCGCACACACGCACCCGCACUCACAGCCCUCCGACGCCGCCAUGUCCCUCCACAACGGCGCAUACAGCCAUCCAGGCUACUCGGCGCCGCCCUACAGCCAGGGAUAUCACCACCCGCCCGGGGGACAGAUGUACGCCAACGGCCACGGCAACACGCAGGUCUACUACACGCCCUCCGGCCACGACGCCGCGCCGUCGUCGACGACGCACGGCGCGCCC